UGAACAUAUGUAUCAGUGAAAAGUGCAAAUAAUUGUAAUAACGAUGGCGAUUUCAGCAAAAAUCCCCAAAUCAAUGCAAGAAAGUGAACCUACAUUGUGUGCGUCGAUAAAUAACGGUAACAAAGUUUGGCAAACCCCAAAAGCUCAAGGACAUUUCGGCGGGACAGCCCACUGUGUUUUUAAAGACUUGAAUUUGCAUUGGUGUCGAAGACGAAUCGGUCACUGAAUGUUGGCAAACAUGUGGAAUCUUAUGUCCAUCCCCGAGCCCAAAUUCGGGAUGCAAAAGGCGUGCUUCCACACGUCCUUUCCCCUGGGAGCUGUCGCUUCCGACAAACAAUUCCCGCUUUUCAAACCGGAAGUCAAAUCAACCGUCUGUCAUAAUUACACUUCGCGGCCGAAACCAGAUCCGCUCGAAAAUUCUAGUCAAGUAAUGGACACUAAACAAAACCCCGAAAUCAAUCACGUGUGCAAUAGCAAGAAGAAGAAGAAAAAGCGGAGACGGAGGAGGAAGAAGCAACAGAAGAGUGCAAGACAGCGGCAAGUGUCAGUCUGCGAGAGCGAGGACAGCUUUGUCGUUUUUUUCGCCGAAGAGAAGGAAGAACUGUCGGAAACGACCGAAGGGUUUGAUUCGUGUGAUUCCCUCGUUCCGGACAAAAAAGUGCGAUUCGCCUCAGAAAGUAAACUUUGUGAAGUUCACCCGAUGAUAAUGUGGUCGUUUGCUUAUCAGGCGGCCCGGAAAGGUCCCUGGGAAGAGUAUGCGAGAGAUAGAGAUAGGUUCAAUAAACGUGUACGCAAUACUGAGGCAAUUAUUGGUCAUGUGUUCAGUGAUGAACAUAGGUCGAAGAUUUAUCAAGAAAGGUUUGCUGCACUUUGAGAUUCUAGUUUUUGAUGCCAUGACUGUGAUAAUAAUCCUGACUGAUUCGUUUAAAAUUAUAUAGUGUAAAUACUUUAUAUUAUAUGGUUAGCUGUAGGUAACAUUUGUUAUGAAUUGUCGGUUUAGAUAAAUUUUAUGUUUAGGUAGGGAGGGUUUGGGUUUGUUAAUGCUUCCUUUAGUUUUGACAAUGUAGUGAAAAAUAAAAAAAAUAAAGUGUAUGUCGAAAGCAAAAAA